AGCGUGCAUGCCCUUUCUGCUCUCCCUCCCUCACCUCAUCUGAUCUCAUCUUCUUCCAUCAAUUCUUGAGAGAGGGAGACACCCAUUGCCCCCGGCCGGCCGUUCCAUGCACGUUACAAACUUCUAAUUCCCCGGCCAAAAAAUUUAAAGAUCCGGUGGGUGAUUACCAAUCGUCAAGGGAUUAUUAUUAAUUAUUCAAUGUACGCACUAUAAUAAGAUUAUUAGCUAGCUUCCAUCAGAGGACAUCUUCUUUGUCUUCAAAUAUACAUCCAAUUUAUUAGCUUGUAGUAUUCAUCUGAGAAUUAUUACCUUCGGAAAAAAUGGGUGCUUGUGUGUCGACUCAAUCCCAAAUGAUUGGGAUGAGGAAGAAGCGCCUCUUCAAGCGGCGGCGUGGGAAGGCGGCCAUUCGGGCUGCUGGGGAUGGGGUAACUGAUUUUUCUGUCAGUGAAUUUGUUCAUACCACCACCACAACCUGUCGACGAUCCGCCGUGUCUAACUCCACCUUCCACCUCACUCAGCGACAAUGGCAGCAUACCCAAAAAGGUUCUAAUGUGAUUAACCAAGAAGAGGCAUGGUUUGACACUUCUAGCAUUCUGGAUUCUGAAUCAGAUGAGGACUUCAGUAGUGUUUAUGGAGAUUUUUUCCCAGGCAGGCUAAGUGGGCAAGUGGUACAGUAUGAAAUCCAUGAAAGAUAUCUAAAGCUGGAUGUGAGUAAAACAGAAAACAAACUCACAGGGAGAGAUAUCAAGGAGCCAAUAGGACUUGCCCUUUUAACUGCCACACGCUACGGACCGAAAAAAUUGGACCGCGGUUAUGGAAGCUUCAAUUCUUUGAAAUCUGAUCCAGCAGGCGAAAACGGCUUCAAAGCUGUGUUGCCUAAGUUGGGCGCUUCUUUUAGCUUCAAUGACAAAAUCAUUAGUGCAUCCAAUGUUGGAAUUUGCUCUCAAACUAGGAAAUCCACUGUCAUAAGGUUAUCUGUAACCAGGACACAGGUUGAUGGACAUGAGGCAGAUAUUCUUUGUUCACCAAAAAAAUACCUUUACCGUCCAAGAGCUGGGCUUUUAAUUCCUCGUUGUACUGAAGAGAAAGCGAGCUCAGGAACUUGGUCUGCAAUUCAACCCUCAAAUUUUAAGCUCCGGGCUGAGAGUUAUUUUGUAGACAAGAAGAAAUUACCUGCCCCAACCUUUUGUCCUUAUACUCCUAUUGGAGUUGAUCUAUUUGUGUGUCCAAGAAAGAUCAACCACAUUGCACAGUACCUUGAACUUCCUUCUGCAAUCACAGAUGAAAACCUUCCUUCUUUACUCAUUGUUAACAUUCAGCUGCCUUCAUAUCCACCUGCAAUGUUUCUCGGAGAUUGUGAUGGGGAGGGAUUGAGCCUUGUGUUGUAUUUCAAACUUUCUGAAGGUUAUGAGAAAGAAAUAUCCCCUCAAUUUCAAGACAGCAUUAAGAGAUUAGUUAAAGAUGAAAUGGAAAAGGUUAAAGGAUUUGCAAAAGAUUCAAUGGUUUCGUAUAGAGAAAGGUUGAAGAUAAUGGUUGGAGUGGUAAAUCCUGAUGGUCUUGUAUCAAAUUCAACAGAGAGGAAACUUCUAAAUGCAUACAACGAAAAGCCUGUGCUUUCCCGCCCUCAACACAACUUCUACCAGGGUUCGAAUUACUUUGAGAUUGAUUUGGACAUCCACCGCUUCAGUUUCAUUGCAAGAAAGGGACUUGAUGCAUUCAGAGAACGCUUAAAAGACGGAAUUCUGGAUCUUGGUUUGACAAUCCAGGCGCAAAAACAGGAAGAGUUGCCUGAGAAAGUGUUGUGCUGUUUAAGAUUAAACAAGAUCGAUUUCGCAGAUAAGGGGAAAAUCCCAACACUGAUGAGGGUAGAGGAUAAUGAGACUUCCCAGAGCGGCAUUCGUGGACUGCUAACAGAUGCAUGAGGAAAUAUAUGUGAUUAUAUCUUAGCAUUAAAAAUGAGUUUGAUACUGCAAAGUACCCAAGGAUGCAAGCAAGCAAUUACAUUCUUCUUCCUCGCUAACAUGUAUAAAUUGUAAAGUUAAAAAGUUAAAUUAAAAAAAAAAAGAAUUGUUAUAUUAUCAUGUCAUAGGAUCAGGUCAUGGAAUAUUGUAAAUUGUGAUGAAUUCCAUGUAAAAAAAUCCACUAAUUUUGAGUUUAAUGAUUAUUUAAUUUGUUCACCUUUAUUCACUCAAUAAUCAUUAUGUAUAGAAUAUAGAUUUGGCGCUACAGAGAUAUUUACUUCAUCUUUACGGAAACAAA